UUGGGUCCCCGCCAGCGAGCAUGGAGCCGCGGCUGGUGGUGGAUCUGCUGCUGCGCCUCGGCCCUGAGCCGCCGAAGAUGCUGCCGGAGCUGUGCCGGUGGUGCUGGGAGGCGGAGCCGGACGCCGGCCGGGUGGAGACGCUGCGCCUCCUGCUCGACGAGCUGGAGGCCCGAGGCCUCGGGCUGGAGUGGCGGGGCCUGCGGGGGCUGGCGGAGGAGCGGUGCCUGCCGCUGCUGCGGGCCGUGCGGCUGGAGGAGGAGGCGGCGGCCGGCCGCCGGCUGGCGCUCGCCCUCUGCCGCCUGCUGCUGGCCUGUUGCCGGCUGGCCCCGCCGGAGCUGCUGGAGCGGGCGGCCGCUUCCUGCCUGCGGGAGCUGCGGGCUUACACCGAGCAGCGGAGCGGGGCCGCCUCCUCCCCGGGCCCCGGGUACUCGGACAUCCGCGUCGUGGUCGAGGUGCUGGUGAAGCUGUGGCCUCUGGUGUUGGAGCGGGACCCGGGCACCGGCGAGCUGCUGCUGCCUCUGGCCCUGACCGCUGUGAGGGUGGGCGAGGACAGCGUGGCGGCCGGGGUGGCCAGCCGGCUGAUCCCCGCCCUCUUGGAGCAGGGCAGCCUGACCAUGCGGGAUGUCUGGGACCGGGUGAGGCGGUGGGAGUUCCCCGGCAGCGUCUCCAGACUCCUGUUGCUACUCAGUUCGCUCUCGCCCUCCGGCAGCCUCGACCUCUGGACGUGUACUGAGUUUUGGAAAGUGGUGCAGACGGGACUGGUGCACACGGACAACACGACUCGCAAGAGAGCCUUGUACCUGUUGAACAGGGCGGUGGAUGUUUCUAAUGCAUUGGAAAGGGACUUCGCCUUGGAGUGUCAGAGCGAAUACGAUUCGUGCCUUUUCUGGUGGUUGGGUGAAAAAAGCAAACAACUUGUACAAUUAUGGGAAAAUUAUAUUUUAAUUAUGGAGACAUUGGAAGAAAAUCAAGUUCAUGUCAUAAGACCAAUUUUGCCACGGCUUAAGAGCCUAAUGGAUACCACUGUUUCCAAUGAAAAAGGUAAUUCACUUUUCCACCCAUCUUGGCUCCUUUGUGCUUAUAAACGUAUGUUUCAAAAUGAAAAUAAAACUGUGAUGAAAGAAGGCCUAUUUCAUUUCCUGGAUCUCGAUGUCACGAAAUAUUCAAUCAGAACUCAAGAACUGUCUGAUUUUAUCUGUGGGCCGGUGAUGGAUGCUCUUUCAGAAAGUAUGCUGUAUAGCAGAUCUCCUGAUCAAAUCAUUGGCAGCUGUCCUGUUUUAGCUGUGAAGUUACAGACAUUGUUCGUUGAUUUUAUGGAGAAUAUGCCUGAGGAAUUCAAAGGUGACUUUCUCACGAAGUUGAUUAAGAGCAUGGCCACCAAGCAUUGGUGCGCCAUCCCCAUUCUCUUCAUCUCUCAAGCCCUAGAGCACAUCCCAUCAUGCAAAACCUGGGGAGUAGAAGGGCUUCACGCUCUUCGAGAAGUAUUACGUUGUACUCUGACCAAUCACCAAGUAUUGCUGCGAGGAGCAACUCAGUGUUACCUUCUACAAGCUGCUAUGCACCUGACUAAUGUGGAACUGGUGAUGAUCUCUGACAUUUCAAGCUUUCUGGCAUCCAUUCGAACUGAAGAGGCGUUAUCUCGGGGGACAAAAUUGUGGACGGAGGUGUGUGAGUGGUUGUACAGCAAUGACAGGAGUUUCAGGUGUGAAGACAGUGCUACUGAACUGCAUCUAAAGCGACCUGCACUAAGUACCUUUGUUCAGAACAUAGUGGAGCAGUACAUGAAGGUGCCAGUGGCUGAUGGGGAAAACGCCAGUUACUUGCCAGACUGGUUUGAGGCCCAGCUUGUUGCUCGAAUGAUUCUUCUUGCUGCUGACGUUGAAGAGCAACAUUGCGCUGAAGGUGCCUUAUAUGCUGGGGAACAGAAUGCCUUGGCUUGGUUCUUACGACCCCUUCUGGAUGCCUUGACAAAGUUGAAUACUCAUGCUUACCUACCUUUGCUGAAAGCAGACAAGAGCCUACAGCUAUUGCUGAAGCUGUUGGAGAUGUCUAUACCAAAGCACAACGCAACAACAUCGAAAGAUAGGGUCCUGAAUGUUUUGCAAGAACAUAUCAUGUCUUCAGUGGAACAUGUACUGGAGUACACACUCAGGAGGUUGACAAGUGAAUUACAAACUGUUCUGGAUCUUGAUAGAUGUAGCCUGUACCUUGCUGUGCUGAGUGACAUGGCGAAGAUACUUUCAACGGGUGGCCCAGUGAGAGGGUCAUGGAUGUGGAGAUUUAUCUCUUCUCUGACACAGACUUCAAUUCGACAUCUCCAAGCUGCAAAUGAUGGCGAGAUCCUAAACCUCAGAAGACAAAUCCAACUUGUGGCUGCUCGAGCCUCUUUAGCUUGGGUUUGCAGGAUGACUGCCCAGUAUCCAGAGCUGCAGCUUGACUCCCUUGAUGCUGUCAAAGCACUAGGAAAAUUUAUCUUAAUUAGCCCUUUCAACCAUAACCUUGAGAAGCCUUUCUGCAGCAACAAAAACAAUGGGCUUCUAGAAGACGGAUCUUCGGCCCAGGGUUGGGGGAAGGUGUCUACACAGUAUGUCCAUGAUCAGUGGGUCUGCAUUUAUUUUAUUUUGAACAAAUCUGUUCCUUUGCCUGAGAGUGCAGCCAAGAAGAGUUGUGAACUUUCUUCACUUAGUGUAGAAAAUGCAGCACCCACACUCCACGCCUGUAUUGAAGCCCUGAACAUUGUUCCAGCGGACCAAGUACUUCCCAUACUGCAGUGCAUGAAGAUUCUUGUGCCUAAGCUUUAUAGGUCUGAAGAGUCUCUGUGUGUGAAAUCUCUUGACCUAGCUUGGAAAGUAGUGGUGGAUCUGAACAGCAACCAGCAACGUUUUUGGCCCACCUUAAGCGCUUUUGUGCACAUUGCCUUUCACCACCAGCUGCUUGGUAUAGCAGAGGAAUGUCCUAUGCGAGUGAAAGUGAAGGAGAUUAUAAGCAAGUUGCUUAAAAUUUCAGAAACCAAAACUGGAGUCUUCAAUAUAUUAAUUUCCCAUUGCUGCCAAACCUGGUUGCCUACUGGAUCUGCUGCCAAUGAUUCCCUCCAGGAUUCUUUCACGAGCGCUGAAAACCAUGUGGAUCUCUUUGUAGAAGCUUGUUUAUUUGGGCCUGUUUUUAGGAAGGAUCAAAGGCUUAUUCAAGAUGUACACACUUACAUAGAACUAUUGGGAGAUGAUUGUGCUGCCAACAAGGCAUCUGCAAAUGAAAACCGUGAUGAUCAAUUUGUGCGGAUUUGGGCCAUUAACUUCCUCUGUCAAUUGAAUGGAUCAAAUUUAUUGCAUAAGAAAUUCAUGGAGAUUCUGGUCAGCAAACUUCUUGAGAAGGAUGAAGAACUGAGGGACACCAAAGGCCGGUAUUAUGUGAACUCCAUGAUACAUCGACUAAAGAACAGAAUUUGGCAGACACUCCUCAUGCUCCUUCCCCAGCUGGACCAGGUGUUUCUGAGCGGCAUUGUUGAAACUGUCUUCAGCUCUGCCUUGAGUGAUAAUCAGGCAUCUGUAAAAUACUUAAUCGAAUGGUUCAUCAUCUUGGUACUACAGAAGUGCCCAGAAUUUAUUGAUUCUUUCUGGAGAUGCUUCAGUUAUAAUCCUGAAAAUUCAAAAACUAGUAUCUGUACUUUCCUGGCCAUAUUGGUUCAUAUUGACGUGAUGCUUAAGAAUAUUUCCCAGAAGGACCAAUAUUUGAAGAAGGCACUGAGUGUAAUAUUGCCAUGGUGUCUGAACCACAAUUUCAGCGUGCGACUUUAUGCCCUACUUGCUUUACAAAAGGUCUGGGAAGCCUGUCUACUGUCUAAACUGGAGGGUGAAGAGUUGAAGUUUUUGGAACCAAUAAUAGAAUCCUAUCUGGAGCAAGUUGGACAGAAGCAAACCAUGGGGAAUGCUGGAAGGAACUGGCAGAGAAUUCAGGACCAUUUCUUUUUUAGAAACUUCCAACCAGUGGAAGACUACAGUUUAGAGACAAUAUUUUAUACCUUUCCAAGCUUAUCGGAUGUGAUAGAAGAUGAAUGGAUCCCUGGCUGGAAGUUUAGCCGAGUUAUGGAUCACUUUUCCUUCAGCUCUUCAAUUCAUGUGUUCAAUUUAAGAAAUCAGUUUCGCGAUAUGAAACCCACUGACUGGGUUCAGCAAGACAAAGGUUAUUGCCUGUCUGACUUGGAUCAAGAUGCUGAGUGGACAGAUGUACAAAAGAAGAUAAUGCCUUGGAAAAAUAACAUCCCAGACCAAGAUCUGGAGUUGCUCCGUCAGGAAAGAGCCACCAUGUUUGGAAGGUCAUCCAGCAGUAGCCUGAUUGUAGUGGCAUCACUUAUUGAUAAGUCAACUAACCUGGGAGGUUUGUGUCGAACAAGUGAGAUAUUUGGGGCUUCUGCACUGGUUGUGAGCAACAUACAUUGUGUGAACGACAAGCAAUUUCAAGCCCUCAGUGUUUCUGCAGAACAGUGGCUAACUGUCAUUGAGGUGAGACCUGAUCAGCUGGUUGACUACCUGCAGCAGAAGAAAACUGAGGGGCACACGAUCAUUGGAGUGGAACAGACGGCCAACAGCCAAGAUCUUGCUCACUAUAGUUUCCCAGAUAAAACACUGCUGUUGCUCGGGAAUGAACGAGAAGGAAUUCCAGCCAAUUUGAUCCAGCACCUAGAUGUGUGUGUGGAAAUCCCACAGUGUGGGAUCAUCCGAUCGCUCAAUGUCCAUGUGAGUGGAGCGUUGCUCAUGUGGGAAUACACACGACAGCAGAUGAUGAAGCAGGGUGUGAGACCAUAAAUUGGUUUGUGCAGAUGUGAAAAUUAAGAGACCAUCUCUUGUUAAUAUGUCUUGCUACUUAUAAAUCAAUAGCUCUGUGCUGCUAUGAACAAACAGCUAUGGAGGAAGUCUACAAUUCCCUGGAUGGUCUGGUGAAAAUAGAGUGUUCUCAAAGAUUGGCAGCAGACAAUGAUGUCAUUGAGCUUUUGGCUGCUUUGGACUUGGUUGGAUAUCUUGCACCUUUUUGACAUUUAUUUAUAAAUAAGAAUAUAUCUAUUUUUUGUUAACACCUAUUAUUUCCUUUAGGAAAUACAUUAUUUAGGAAAUACAUUACAAAAGGAACACAUUAUUUCCUUUUGUACAAGAGCUUGGGAACAAUAGAGAACUGUCCAGCCCCUGAGCUAAUCACUAUCUCAUCUCCAUUUACUCACAGUUACACCUUCCCUUCCGACCCUUUCCUAAUAAAACCCAUCAAAUCUCGCCUUUGAAUCUUCAGGUAACUUGAACUGCAUUGUACAGGAAAUUAUUCCAGGUUCCCUCCACACACUGUGUAAGGAAGUGCUUCCUGAUAUCACUUCUGAGUGACCAGGCUGGAAUCUGAAGCUUAUGGCCUCUUGAGUUCUCCCACCAGAGGAAAUGAUUUCUCUUAAGUGUUGAGUCGCAAUAAAUUAUGAACAAGAAUCUCUCAAAUAUUUCAGUCACAUUAUCUUUUUCAGAUGCAGCUUCACCAUCAGCAUCCUUUUUAUAAAUAAAAUCAGCGCAAAUGUUUGUAACAAAUUGGUAACGGUUAGUGUAAAUGUGACAAAUCUGUUUCUCUCCAGAUUGAUUUUUUAACCUUUUUCUAAUAAAGACCA